UGCCCCGCCCACCGUGUCUCUGGCCUGGGGGGGGGGCUCCAGAGUGGGAACACGCAUGCUCCUGGAGAACAGGGACGUGAGCUCACCCCCAUGGGGCGGGGCUAAGACGUCACCGCGUGGGCCCAUAGCGUUCAGCCAAUCAGCGGAAAGCUUGCUCGAGGCCACGCUGGAUUUUUUCCCCCCGCUCAAAGGCGAAGCUGCCUCAGAAGCGUCGAGGCGGCGGAGGCGUCGACUUGUCGGAAGGGCCGUUGACGACACUCUAAAGAUGGUGCCUAGUGGAAGAAAGCUUUCUGGGAAAUCUGGGAAGCCAUCAUCGGUGGAUCAACCUAAAAAAGUCUUUGACUUUGAGAAAGAGGAUAAAGAUUUGACUGGUUCAGAGGAGGAUGUUGAUGAUGAAAAGAUUCUAGCAAUUGAGAAACAUGGGAAGAAAAGACCUGGAGGAAGAGUUGAAGAUGUGGGAGGUGAAGUACAGAAUAUGCUGGAAAAAUUUGGAGCUGACAUCAACAAAGCUCUUCUUGCUAAGAGAAAAAGAAUAGAAAUGUAUACCAAGGCUUCUUUCAAAGCCAGUAACCAGAAAAUUGAGCAAAUUUGGAAAACACAACAAGAGGAAAUACAGAAGCUUAACAGUGAAUAUUCUCAGCAAUUUAUGAGUAUGUUUCAGCAGUGGGAACUGGAUAUGCAGAAAUUUGAGGAACAAGGAGAAAAACUAACUAACCUUUUUCGACAACAACAGAAGAUUUUUCAGCAGUCUAGAAUUGUUCAGAACCAGAGACUGAAAGCAAUCAAACAGCUACAUGACCAGUUCAUAAAGAGUUUGGAUGAAGUGGAGAAAAAUAAUGAUAAUCUGUUUACUGGCACACAAAGUGAACUUAAAAAAGAAAUGGCUAUGUUACAAAAAAAAGUUAUGAUGGAAACUCAGCAACAAGAGAUGGCAAAUGUUCGAAAGUCUCUUCAAUCCAUGUUAUUCUGAUGAGUCUUUGAAGAAAGAACUUGAACCUAUGUAAUAUGAUAGAAUUAAAACAUUAGCUAUGAGGCACACCUUUAGAAAUUAUAGUUUAAAACUAUAACCAUCCAUAAUCAAUAGCUUGUUUAAGUGGAAGACUUCUGUUCCUGUUAACUUCUAAAUAAAACUUCUAAAUAAACCUAAACAGCUGUGUAAGUAGCAGCUGUUUCAUUGUAGUGAGCGUUCAGCUCUUUUGUUAUAAUAGUGAAUUGUUUGUUUUUUAUACUUUUUCGUAAAUAAAAAUGAUUUAAGUUUCA